AUUUGGAGAACGAGCUUAAAACUUUCAAACAGUGCUACUCCCUCUCCGGUUUUCCACCACCGUCCUUUUCCCCGGCAACCAACAACGUUACCGCCGGUCCGACAUGGCCCCUGCGAAGCCAAGCGGUCGCGCGAUCUCGCAACAAGCAUUCGAUGAAAUGGUAAAGGAAAACAUAGACGAUCUAGGUAUGGAACCAGCUGAAGCCCUAAGCGACGCCAUCGAAACCCUUACCCUUCAAGGUGUCGAUCUCUCUGGUAUUGUCACCUCUACACUCCCUGGAGAAACUAAUCCCGUGAUUCAAUCUCUUGAUAGAAUCAAGCAAUUACAGAUUUCUGACUGGACAGACGAAGCAGUCGUAGAUGAGGCGCUAAGUUUGAUGGAUAAUCUGACGGCUCUGUCUCGUGUUGAGGGAUCCGGAAAUGCUGCAAUUGCUACGAGAAAUGGAGGGAUAGAGUUGAUGUGCUCUAUUUGUUCGAAACUUGCAGUUGGUGGCCGUCAUUCAGCACUUGCAUCAGCUUUAAAUGCAUUGGCUGCAUUUCUUCAUGAUCUUCAAAGUACAGAAACUUUUCGGCAGAAUGGUGGGCCGAAAAUGGUGGUUGAUAUCCUGAGUGAUGGAACUCAAAACGUGAAUAUCUUGAAUAGUUGUUUUUCUGUUGUUGCUGCGGCUACAACUGGUAAUGAGGUUCUCAAGGAAUCUUUCAUGGACUUGCACAUAGAUGAGUUGAUGGUUUCGAUCAUGAGGAAACACAGUAAAGGGAGCAUCCCCAGUUUAUAUGAUGCUAUUCGAGUGCUUUUGACAGCUGAUGAUAACCGUGUAGUGGCUUCACAAGUUUAUGGCUAUGCUCGACAAUUUGCGAAAACUGGAAUUGCUGAAGCUCUUGUGGAGUCACUUAAAGAUGGGAUUAGCUCACCAAGCCUGGUAUCAGCAACUAUUGCACUAAAGGCUGUUGCAGUGAAUGAUGAAAUAUGCAGAUCCGUUGCUGAAAAUGGUGGUAUAGAUUCAUUGCUCAUUUGUAUUGAUGACUCUGGUGUACAGGCAAACAAAGUUGUGGCUAAAGCUUGCUGCGCCUUGUUAACGAAGUUGGCUGGAAGUGACUUUAACAAGAGUACUAUCAUUGAAAGGGGAGGCCUGAAUAGACUCAUAACUCUUUCUAGCAGACUUGCUGAUGAUCCUUUUGUCCUCCAAGAGGUAAUGUCUAUCAUAUGUAGCCUGUGCCUACGAUCACCACAAAAUGCAGCUUUGGCCAUGGAAGCUGGAGCAGGAGAGCUAGCUAUCCAAGCUAUGCAAAAGUUCCCUCAAGCAUAUCAGCUGCAGAAGAAUUCUUGUCUGAUGAUCCGUAAUCUUGUUGCAAGGAAUCCAGAAAACAGGUCUAUUUUGCUGAGUAACGGUAUUGAGAAGAUCAUACGAAAUGCAAAAGAAAGCCACAAAAGCUGUAGAGAUGCAGCCACUGAUGCGCUUAGAGACUUGGGGUUAGAAAACUACAACUCAUAGCCUUGUUACUGGAUCGAGCAGAGGGGAGGAGUGAUGCAAUAUAUACGAUUUUGGUAUAGAACUUGAGACAGAGGCAAGUCUUUUUACGUCAAGUUGAAUGAGGUUUUUAUAAGAAACAGGUUUCCCUUUUUUGUGUGGGUAUGAAUAUGAUUGGUGGUCGAUAAUUUUGGUCAUAUUUAAAGUUGAUAUGCAUGUUUUAGUUGUAUUAA